UCAGUAAGAGUUUUAGUGGCAACCAAACUAGCUGCCUUGCUAGUUGUUGCAUGAUACUUUUACUGUAGAAUCGCUAAUUAUUUAUUGAUUCAACAGCCACACCAUAUCAGCAUUGAAUAAAUAAAUUGACCUUUACAUACAUGCCACUGACCAUUUACCAUUCUUCAUAACACAACAUUGAUAAUUUCAAUAUUACGAAGAAUAAUAUUUAUUGAGUGUAAUUUAACGAGAGAGAAAAGUAUUGUGCUGAAUUUUAGAGCUGUAGUGCAUACGGUCGAAUAUAUUGUUCUUACAAAAAAAAACGUCACAUCAACAAAAUAACAUAAUUUCAAAUAUGAGUCAGCUUGCAACUGUCUAUGCAACCAAACGACGAAGACGCAAUGGAAAAAGCAUAAAAGCUCCUCAAAAAGAAGGAGUGACGAAAAGUAAUCCAUCCAAACGACAUCGAGAAAGACUCAACGCAGAGCUCGAUUUAUUAGCAUCAUUGCUUCCAUUUGAACAAAACAUAUUGAGUAAAUUGGAUCGUCUUAGUAUAUUACGGCUAUCUGUUAGUUACUUAAGAACAAAAAGUUAUUUUCAAGUUGUCAUUCAUAAAUCUAAAGAAGAAAAUGGAACCAGCAAUUCUUUGCACCUGCAGGAUAUCUAUAGAAAUCGUGAAACAGGAGGUUUGGAAAUAGGAUCCUUAAACGGAGAAAUGUUUCUUCAGGCUUUGAAUGGAUUUAUUAUCAUUUUGACAUGCGAAGGAGAAGUGUUUUUCGCAACACAUACAAUCGAAAGUUAUUUGGGAUUUCAUCAGUCCGAUAUCGUUCAUCAAUCAGUAUAUGAACUUGUACAUUCUGAGGAUCGCGAAGAGUUGCAGCGACAGCUACUUUGGAACACAUUUCUCCCGAAUGAUUUACCCGGUCUUCAAUUAGCGGAAGCUUUAGCUCCUGAUAAAUCAUCUUUAUUCGAGCGAAGCUUCACUGUUCGCUUCCGAUGUUUGCUGGACAAUACAUCUGGUUUUCUGAGAUUGGAUAUUCGAGGACGAGUAAAAGUAUUGCACGGACAAAACCGCAAAGCUGAAGAUGUUCCAUUGGCUUUAUUCGCUUAUUGUACUCCGUUUGGACCACCGAGUUUGCUUGAAAUACCGCAAAAGGAGAACAUGUUCAAAUCCAAACAUAAAUUAGAUUUUUCGUUGGUAUCCAUGGAUCAAAAAGGUAAAACUAUACUUGGGUACUCAGACCUAGAACUCGCUAAUAUGGGUGGUUACGAUUUAGUCCAUUUCGACGACCUAGCUUAUGUUGCCAGUGCGCAUCAGGAAUUACUGAAAACGGGAGCAUCAGGAAUGAUUGCUUAUAGAUACCAAAAGAAAAGUGAACAAUGGCAAUGGCUUCAAACUAGUUCAAGAUUAGUGUAUAAGAACUCAAAACCUGAUUUUGUAAUUUGUACACAUAAGCAAUUAAUGGAAGAAGAAGGUCGCGAUCUAUUAGGUAAAAGAACAAUGGAUUUCAAAGUUAGCUACUUAGACACUGGAUUAGCGUCAACUUACUUUACCGAUGCAGAUCAAUUAAUAAAUACUACAAGUGAAUCUCCCAGUACAUCACCAGUUUCGUCGCAGCAAAGAUACAGCCGACGAUACAAAACCCAGCUCCGAGAUUUUUUAUCAACAUGUCGUUCAAAACGGAAACUCUUGCAUCAACCCUCCGGAGGGCAGGUGUCUCCUGUACAUGUUGAUUAUAUCAACGAUCCCGCAGGUGCUGUGGCAGCUGCGUAUUCGAAUUUAAAUCCGAUAUAUUCGUCAGCCACAUAUGUAUCAACAGAAAAUGUGUACAUGACCCCUCCAGCGCACUCCUCCAGCUUUUAUUCAGUAUCAGAUAAUUUGUUUCAUCAGUACCGACUGCAGGGUGGAUAUUAUUCCGAAUAUCCUUCAACUUCGACACCUUUCAUAGCAAACGGAUUCAUUACUUACGACAGCUAUAGCAAUAUAAAUAAGGAAGAUAAAUGGGCAGAAAACGGAAAAUGCAUCUCAAUGAACGGUAGUAUUGACCGUGACUCCAAUAUUCAGACUGUUUACGAUAGGAUCGGUGUGAAUAAAUGUACAAAACAAUCACCUCCUUUAGCAGAGACCCCUGAUUCAAACCUAACGUCAUCACCUAUAAGUGCAGCAAACACAGAUAUUUUACGAUCAUCUCAAAAUAAACCAAGAUGCACUAAUGGAUCAACAAACAACAUUAGUGAUGAAACGAUGACUACAAAACAUGAAAGUAAUGAUGUUCCAACAGUUGAUCCAAAAGAAGAAUCACCCUUUGAACCAAGACGGCAAACUGUUCUUAUGUGGGGAAUGUCACAUACGACAAAUCAGGCUAACAAUAAAGAAAAUUAGAAACGGAUACAGUGAAUUAAGCCAACAAUUUUAGAAUUCCCGACAUUCUGUACUAUUUAGUUUUUGUUAUAUCUCAUUCUUUCAUAACUUGCUGAUACCAUAGUGGUGUAUUUAAUCAAUAAACUGUGUUGCGAAACCAAA